GUGGUGGUGAAGAUCCCGGUCAGCAGAGAGAGAGAGAGAUCAUCACAGAGGGACGGAAGACACGUCCAAGCUAGCUUCUAUUUUAUAUAAACACCCCCUCCUCCUCCUCUUCCAUCACCGACAUCAUCGUCGUCGUCGUCUUCGUCGUCGUCACCAUCGGAAGAGCAACAAACAUUUGAGUGGCUUGAGACACACGGGGCGAUGAUGCAGCGAGGGGGUGGUGGGAUUCGGUCGCGUUUUGUAAAUCCUGGCCAGGCAGGUUUUUAAUACGAAAAAUAAAUUAUUACGUGAAAGUGGAGAGAGAGAAAAAAAUUAUUAUCGUGGGUUUGUCGGCGUCCAAGAGAGAGGGGAGGGCGAAAAAAAAAAUUGUAAACGUUACAAAUAAAUGUAAGCAAUUAUUUAUAUAUUUGAAAUAAAUCCAAAUGAAUUUCCUAUAUCUAUAUAUGAACGAUUACACAGAGACGAGCGAGUGAGAAGGAAGGAAGCCACCAGCGAGAAGGCGACGUUUUUUUAUACAAGUGCGUGUGUGUGUGCGUACAUCAGGGUGCUACAGGGAAAAUGUACAUACAGGUGACGGCCAUGCUUCCCCUCGUGUGCACUCUGCUCCUCGCGCCGGCCGUCAUCGCGUCCGACACGAGCGUCCGGUCAACGUUGUUCUUCGAGGAUGAACUCGCGUCUCCAUCGGCGUCCUCCCCGUGGUCCUUACCGGGUCGUGCCGCCUCCCUGGUGUUCUCGUCGGCGACCGGUGCGUCCGUGACAUGCCCUGCCAACGGAGCCCCGCUUGCCGAGCGCCGCUGGUUCACGUACCGCUCGUCCGGCGGUGGUGGCGGGGGGGGCGGCGGCGGUGAUGAGGAUGGGGACGAUGGCGAUGAUGACGGAGAUAGCGACGGGGACGAUGUUGACGGAGAUAAAGACACUGGUGGUGCCGGCGGCGGCGGAGGCGGUGGCGUCGGUGCAGGAGGCGGUGGGGAUGGAACGAUGGGAGUCAGCAGUGUCGAUAGGAAGGCGGUGGCACUGGAUGACGUGCCGGGCCUGCGCAGGGUCCACCCCAACGGCACGCUGAUGAUGAGCUCAUUUGCGGCGGCAGCGUAUACGGCACGUGCGCACCGCUCCACCUGCUACUGCACGGCGCAGAACCCGGCGGGGCGUGUGCGCAGCAGAGACCUCGCCAUCACCGCCGUGCUGCGGGAGCCGUACACGGUUCGUCUCGAGGACCAGAAGGCGAUGCGUGGAUCCACGGCCGUGUUCCGCUGCGUGGUGCCGUCCUACGUAACGUCAUACGUGACGGUGACGGCGUGGGAGCGCGACACCGUCCCCAUAGCGCCCGACGGACGGUUCCUGAUCACGCGCGCUGGCGUGCUCCACAUCAGCGAUGUGCAGAAGGAGGACGAGGCGCACACGUACCGCUGCGCCACGCGGCACCGCUACACCGGGGAGUCGCACACAAGCAACUCGGCGCGACUCGCCGUCAUGGAGCCAGCACGAGCCUCGCCCGUCAUCCUGGACUCCAUGCCGGGACACACGCAGGUGUGGGCGGGUCAGUCGGUGGAACUGGCGUGUCGCGCCGUGGCACACCCGCCGCCCACACACCGUUGGGUGCGCGAUGGCAAGGCCGUCAUGCAAACACAGGGCCGCUACCGUAUGGACCAGGCCGCGCUGCGGAUCGACAACGCCCAUCCGGGGGACUCGGGCACGUAUGCGUGCGAGGUGUGGAAUGAGCUGGGCGCCGCUCACACGUCCGGCAGGCUCACCGUCACUGAGCCGCUGCGCGUGUCGCUGUCUCCACGGAACGUGCGCACGAGCGCGGGCAGCUCCGUGGUGCUCACCUGCACUGUGUCGGGCGGCGGCGUCCGCUUCUCGCCGGACCCCGCGCUCGGCAUGGGCUCCUACCGUGUGCGGCCGGGGGGGGCUCGCGCUGGAGACAUAUACGCCGCGUCGGACUCGUCCUCCCCGCGUUAUCCGGGCUGGGAGCCCGAGUUCCGCAUCACCUGGUACCACAACGGGGAGCGCCUGCGGGAGGGUGGAGGAGCUCGCGUGCAGGGGAGCCACAACCAGACGCUGGUGCUGACAAGUGUGACGCGCGCGCACGCCGGCGCGUACCAGUGCUUCGCCGUGACACCGCACGACUCGCAGCAGGACUACGCCCUACUCGCACUCGAAGACGGGACUCCGAAGAUCGUGGCGUCGUUCAGGGAGCGUGUGGUGAGUCCGGGCGAAGCGUUCUCAUUGGUGUGCACGGCACGCGGGAACCCCGCGCCCACCCUCUCCUGGCAGCUUGACGGGGAGCCCCUCCCCUCGGACGCCCCCCGUCUCACGCUCGCCACUUCGCCCGCCGUGGGCGUUGUGGGCGAUGUGGCCGACGUGGCCCUGGUCAUGAGCCAUGUGAACGUGAGCAUGGCGCGCGUCACGGACAGUGGGACAUACCGCUGCGUCGCACGCAACGCGCACGGCGAGGCCAGCUACCAGGCCACAGUCAAUGUAAGAGGUCCCCCGAGCAUCCGGCCGAUGCGCAACGUGACGGCGCUGGCCGGACACGACGUGUUCAUGCACUGCCGCGUCGUGGGCUACCCCUACUACUCGAUCCGCUGGUUGCGCGACGGGCUGCCGCUACCCGUCAACCACCGGCAGAGCGUGUACGCCAAUGGCACGCUGCGCCUCUCCGAGGCUCAGAAGGGCCAGGACGAGGGCGAGUAUGUGUGCAGCGUGCUCGUGCAGCCCCAGCACAGCAUCCACGCCAGCACACACCUUGGCCUCCGAGUUCCGCCCAUCAUCCAGCCGUUUGAGUUCCCGUCGGUGUCGGUGGGGCAGCGGGUGUUCGUCUCGUGCGUGGUGGUCUCGGGCGAGCUGCCCAUCCUCAUCUCGUGGCGUUGCGACGGGCGGCCGAUCCGCGAGCACGGCGCGCCGGGCGUGGUGUCGGGCAGCGCCACGGGCGUGCGCGUCGAGACGCUGGAGUACACGAGCUCGCUGCGUGUCGCCAGCGCGUCGCCCGUGCACGACGGCAACUACACGUGCGUGGCGAGCAAUGCCGCCGCCACUGCCACACACUCCAGCCGCCUCACCGUGCGCGUCCCCCCGCGGUUCGUGGUUCCGCCCGGGGACCAGGACGGGAUCUUCGGUCGCCCCGCAGUCCUCAAUUGCUCCGCUGAAGGAUACCCGGCCCCCUCCAUUACCUGGAAGUACUCGGCAGGUGGAGGAAUCCCCAGCUUCCAGCCGCUGGCGCUGGGCGGCGGGGGGCGACUUCAGCUGCUGGCGAACGGCUCGCUGCUGCUCACGCGGACCCUCGAGACGGACGCCGGUCACUACCUGUGCCAGGUCAGCAAUGGUGUGGGAACAGACAUCAGCAAGGCCAUGUUGCUCUCUGUGAGAUUGCCGGCCAUGAUCACACGGCACCCCAACGCGUCUCUCGCGGUGCUCGGCCGCCGCGAGGAGCUGCAGUGCUCGGCGCGCGGCGACCGCCCGCUGCUCGUGCGCUGGGAGAAGGACGACUCGGUGAUCCAGCCGGAGCGCUCGUACCGCUACGCCAUCGACACGCAGGGCAGCGCCGGCGAAAUGACCUCCACGCUGCAGAUCCUCCCAGCCAUGCGUGGAGAUUCGGGUUUCUACUCGUGCCACGCGGUGAACUCGUAUGGGGAGGACCGCGCCAUCAUCCAGCUCACCGUGCAGGAGCCCCCAGACCCCCCGGAGGUGAACGUGCGCGAGGUGACGUCACGCAGCAUCACGCUGAGGUGGAGCGCCGGCUUCAACGGCAACAGUCCAAUCACAGGCUUUGACAUCCAGUACAAGAAUGCCAGCGAGCCAUGGGAGCGCUCCCAGCAGACGAGUGGCAUUUCUCCCGAGAUAUCUCUUGCCACCGUCAUCGAUCUUCACCCGGCGACCUCCUACCGCCUCCGCGUAGCCGCUCGCAACCACAUCGGCCGUGGCGAUGCCAGCUCCGAGAUCCUAGCCACCACGCAGGAGGCCGCCCCGGACGGCGCCCCGCUGGAGGUGGUGUUGGAGCCGGUGUCGUCCCAGAGCAUCCGUGUUUCCUGGAUGGCCCCGCUACGCGAGCUGCGGAACGGUCUCAUUCGUGGGUACCAGGUCGGUUUCCGCGAGCUGGCGCUGGGCACACACUUCAUCGUGGUGGAUGCGCUCACGGCCAGCGGGGCGGCCGCGGCGCCCUCAGACACGGCCUCGCUCGACGGCACCACCACUGAGGGAGGGGGUGGUGUGGGCACUGUAGGCGCUGUCGGCGGUGCCGUCGGGGGUAGCCGCGUGACCCUUGACCCCGAGACGGGCGGCUCGGUGCUGCUGCGGGGCCUGCGCAAGUACGCGGGGUACGCGGUGGUGGUGCAGGCGUACAACCGUGCCGGCACCGGCCCCACCUCCCCCGAGGCCACUGCCACCACCCUCGAGGACGUGCCGAGCCGGCCCCCUGGCACGGUGAGCGUGGUGGCCAUGUCGUCGGAGGCCGUGGAGGUGACGUGGGAGCCGCCCCCCAGGGACGCCUUCAACGGGGUCCUCACCGGUUAUCGCGUCACCUACUGGCCCCUGUCAACCGACGGCGACCCCGGCGAGGUGAGCAACGUGAGCACGACGGAGACACGCGCGCAGCUGCGGGGGCUGCUCAAGUACACGGAGUACAGUGUGCAGGUGGCGGCGUGCACACGGGCCGGGGAGGGUGCACGCAGCCCCGCCACGCAGGCCCGCACCGCAGAGGACGUGCCAGGGAGUCCGGCUGGGAUUAAAGCGGCCGCUGCGUCGGCCAACGCUGCCAUGGUGUCGUGGCUUCCGCCCCUCACGCCCAACGGCCUCAUCCGCAAGUACACCAUCUACCUGAACUACCAGGGCCAGCCACACACGGUGGUGAGCGAGUUUGAGUCGGCGCCCGACACACUGCUGUACCGCGUGGGGAAUCUCCGCACGGGAACGCGCUACGUCGUGAGCGUGAGCGCCAGCACCGCGGCCGGGAGAGGAAACGCCACCCACAGCGUCCCCGUCGAGGCCAUUCACAAGGCGCCGGCGCGGGUGCUGUCGUUUGGAGGCCGCAUGUCAUCGCCGUGGAUGAGGGACGUGCAGCUGCCCUGUCGCUCCGUUGGCGAGCCCGGCCCUUCCGUGCGCUGGACCAAGGACAGUGACGGCGUGCCUGUGGCUCUGUGGUCGGAUGCGCGCCGUCUUAUCCACACCAACGGCAGCCUCGUGAUCCGCGCCGUCAAGGCCGACGACUCCGGCUUCUACAGCUGCGAGGCCUCCAACUCGUGGGGCUCCGACCGCAUCACCCUGCAGCUCACUGUGCAGGUUCCGCCUGAUCAGCCACGACUCUCCGUCUCCAAGACAACAGCCAACUCCAUCACCCUCACUUGGGUCACCGGGGACGAUGGGGGCAGCAACAUCCGAGGCUACGUGCUGCAGCUGUCGUCGGAGCGGGGCGAGCGCUGGGACGAGGUGCGCGUGGGUCCGGGCGAGCGCUCGCUACGUGUGCAGCAGCUGCGAUGCGGCACGUGGUACAAGUUUACGCUCGCCGCGCGCAACGCCGUGGGCACGGGGAGGAUCAGUGAGAUCCUCGAGGCCAAGACGCAGGGCAAAGCGCCGUGGUUCUCGCGCGCGGAGCCCGACUCCCACACGCUCUCCUUCGUCAACUCCACGCACGCCGCGCUGCUGCUCUUGGGCCUCUCGGAUGGCGGUUGCCCCCUCACGUCCUUCUCUAUCGAGUUCCGCCCCAUCGGCACGCCGGGCACCCCCGCCUCUUCGUCAUCAUCCUCCUCGUCAUCCAUCCCGAAACUCCCGGGGCUCACCAAAGACUCGGAUUUGCCCGGCUCCGCGCUGUCUCUCGGCGGCGGAGGCAGCGGCGGCGGUGGAACGAGAGUGGCGCCGUGGUCACACCUGCCUCCUGGCGGGGCCGGUGGCGGAGGUGGCGGCGGAGGAGGCGGAGCCGGCGGCGGCGAUGGUGGCGGCGCCGGGGCCCCCGAGGGUUGGGGUGCGGCCACGGCCGGGCAGCCGGGGUGGUCGCGGCCGCCUGGGCCUCCGGCGGGCGCCCCCUCGUCCGCCGUGGCCGCACCUGACAGUUGGACCCGGCUUGCGCCGGCCACCGCAUCUGGAACAGGCGGCAUUGGCGGUAGUGGCGGGGGUGGCAGCGCCGGCGGUGGCGAGGGCUGGUGGCGAGCGGACGGGUGGUCGCGCGUGCACGCCGUGCUGGCGUCGCUCCGCGAGGGCACGUGGUACGAGGUGCGGGCGCGUGCCUGCAACGCAGCUGGCUGCUCUGAGCGCCUCCACUCCUUCGCCACGCUCGACGCCAAUGGAGGCACGGUGCCGCCCCUGACGCGGCUGAGUGCCGACAAUUCGCUAGUGCCGGACGGCGAUGGCGUCGCGCUCACCGCGUCGCUCUGCUGCGGCCUCCUGCUCCUCUCUGCCAUCUCGGCGCUCGCCUGCGCCGUGCGCAAACACCGCCGCCAGCGUCGCCUCAAGCGGCUCAGAGAUGCCAAAAGUCUUGCGGAAAUGCUGAUGAGUAAGAGCUCCCGGGCCGGGGACCCCCCCAAGUGGCAGCCCCAGACCCCACGCGUUCACGUGGACGUCCCCCGCGCGCAGCUCCUUAUCGACGACAAGGGCAGCACGGAGCGCCUGGACGUGGACGACAAUGCAACGGUGCUGCUGGGCGACGGAGAUUUUGCGUCGCGGCCUGAGCCGUUCCCCUGCGGCCUCGGCUCGGCCGCCUCCGCCUCCGCGCUGGAGCCAUCGCUUUCACCGUCGCGCGGGGUCAAGUCGGUGCUGGGCACGUCCCUGACCCUGACGCCGUCCUCGGGCGGGGGGCCCGGGGCCCCCUCCGCCUCGGCUGGCACCCUCACGGCGGCUGCGGCGGCGUCGUCGUCCGGGGUGAAGGCGGUGGGCUGCACCCUUUCCUCGUCGUCCUCCUCCUCGGCGCUGGGGCCCGCGCUGGGAGCCGGCGGGGGGAUCGGUGUCGGGGGCGUCGGGGGCAUCGGGGGCGGCGUGGGCAGCGGAGGAGGUGGCGGGGUGUUCCUGGGCACGAGGGCCCGGCGGUGCUCGCACGCGAACGCCAGCGCGCAUCACACGCUGCCCAGGCUGCACGGGGGAGCCAGCGGUGGUGUCGGUGGCGUCAGUGGCGGCGGUGGCGGCGGCAGUGGAGUCGGCGGUGGCGCCGGGGGAAUGGAUGCAUGUGCCAUGGGUGCGAGACCUUCCACGAACCCGUCGGCGAGGCGAGGCGGUGUGGUUCGCCCGCGCUGCGUGAGUCAGUGGACGCUGGGCACCACGCUGAGCCGGGGCCACACUCCACACGGUGGUGGCAUUGGCGGCGGCGGCAGCGUUGGUGUCGGGGGCGGUGCUGGGCAUGGCGGGGGUGGCGCCGCCGCGGGGGAGAGUGACAGCCACAGCGUGACGCCGUCGCAGGACACGGACAAGGGCCGCAGCAGCCUGGUGUCGGAGAGCGCGUCGUCCACGUAUGAGGAGCUGGCGCGCGCCUACGAGCACGCGCGCAUGGAGGAGCAGCUUCGCGACGCCACCUUCCAGAUCACCGAGUGCUUCGUGAGCGAUCGCUCGUCCUCGCGGGCCUCCUCCUCACCGCUGCCGGCGCCACCGCCGCCGCCGCAGGCUCAGACACUGUCCGGCUGCCACCUGCAGAAGCAGCAGCAUGGGCAGCAGCCGCCACAGGGAGGCGGUGCAGACGCGACGGCCACGGGACUUGCCGGGGAGACGCCUCUGUCGGGCUCCACGUCCGGCUCCGAGUCGGGAAUCUGUCGCUUCACGGCAUCGCCGCCCUCGCUGCUGCCGGUGACGCGAGGGGGCCCCGGUGGGGGUGGCGGCACCUGUGGGGGGCCCACGCUCCGCACCAGCGGCAGCGCCAUCUCCGUUCCUGUGCCGCACCGCGCCGGCGAAUACUGUAACCUGCCUCUCUACCUGAAGGUGGACACGCCGCAUGGCGUCGCCACACCCGCGUCCACAACCCGACCCUUCCAGCCCGCACCACGUCGCUCAUGUGGCCCUCCUCGGCCCCAGCCCAUGCCGCAGGCUCCACCGACCACCACCCUGCAGCAGCAGCAGCAGCAACAGCAGCAACAGCAGCAGCAACAGCAUCAGCAGCAGCAACAGCAACAGCAGGCGGCGGUGCCCAUCAUGCAGCCUCAGCUAGUUUCUCUGCCUCCCGUCAGCUCAGCGUCGCGGGACUCCCUUCUAGGCGAGGCAGGAGGGCCCUUGGGCACCAGAGCGCAGGCCUACCCCAAGUCGUACACUCUCGUGUGAGCGAGCGAGCGAGUGGAAAGGCGGGUGGGCGACGUGUGAGCGAGCGGGCGACUGCUGCCGAGAUUGUGACGGCACCGGGAAGUGGUGCCGGUGGUCGGUGUCGGGCGAGGGAGGAUCUUGGAACCUCUGUCCAGCAGAGGCACCGUCGAGCCACGUCGACCAUAAACCACAGUUAGCGAGCGACGCUCUUGUUAAGCAGCUUCAAUCUCAUCUCGUGCUGGUCCUCAGCUCUCUCCCUGCCUGGUCGCCAACUCAAUCUCAGCUGGUUCGUUCUCGACACGGUUUCAACUCGGAACCAUUCACGGGUUGAACCCCGGUCUCAGACUGGUCUCAACCCAUUCUAAACCCGGAGCCAUUCUGACAUAACCUUGGUUCCAUCGUGGCGUCAACGCAGUCUAAACCUUGACCCAUUCUGGUUUUCAUCGUCUAGGCCUGGUCUUAGCGUGGUCUCAACCAAGAGCCACUCUGGCCCAAAGCCAGUCUCCCUCCUGUUCCGUGACACCCGCAAUCUUCAUCCGAAAAGACGUGGCUUUUGAUUAAGAAAUUAACAUAUAUUUAUUAUAUUUAUUGUCAUUAUUCUUAUUACUGUAUGAUCAUUAUUGUUAUAAUUAUUAUUGAAUGCUUGUUCUGGCUGAAUGCCACAGUUUUGAGCCGGGAAAGGUGGCCACUGUGGGCCGCACCUAGCUGCAGGGCAAUACCCAGCUCGUGGGGUGGCGCCGUUCAUUAUCAUUAAUAUUGUUUAAGGGAAUGCGUUACUCGUGUGUUGGGUGAUUUGUUUAUCAAGGGUUUCGCGGCCUCCCACUUACAAGCGUCUCCCCCCCCCCCCCGCCGUCGCCGGCAAGCGUCGUCCGUGUGUGGUGUGCGGCAUGACUGUGUGUGUAUGCGCGUGGCAGUGCGAGUGUUGUGAGGGGCGCUGUCCCAGUGGUUGUUAGUGAGCGCACUUGUGCUGUGAUCCCGUCGACCCGGGGUUCGAUUCCCGACCAACGGUGCGAGUGGUUGUCACUGGUGGCAAGAUCGGUUUUUUGAAACAGGCCUGAACCUCCCGCUUGGUCAUCUAAGCCAAAAAUGGUUACCGAGCCGGCGCGGUGUGCGGUCAACAUCACUGGAAAGCGGGGAGGUACCGGGCGGCGGCUGGGCGAGUGUGGUGCUGGUCACACCACCCCAUCGUGUGCCACUGUGCCAGCCUUAAUAGGUGCUCACUAAUAGCACUUUCCCCAGCGGCCUAUGAGGCUAAAGGGGGGAUCUUUGUCUUUGAUAGGGGGUAGGGCAGGUGUUGGGG